GAAUCACAAAUCAAAACGGGAAUUUACCCAUACCCAAUCAUCAACUUCCUGUCAUAGGCCAAACCCACUGAUUUUAGACGAACUAACUUUUAUGUACCAUAUAGUAUAAUACCAAAUAAAUAUUAAUUUAUUGAUUGAGUUCGUAGGCUAAGGUUUCAACUCUUGAUCUUUCUGUCUUGUUGAGAAGAAAAUUGUUCAAUGUGACUAUUUAUUAUAUAUUGUGAAUAUUUUGCUGUCGUAGAUACAAUCGCGAAAAACUAUACAAUAUCUAUAACUCAUAAACAGAACAGGCCAAGCAGAAUAACAAUUACGCUAUCUUAAGUGUUUCAUAUCUGUACAGUGUUCUUACUAAAAAUAUUUCUGUGAAUAAGUAAAUCAUCAGAAUCAAAAUCAACUAUAAUUAUAAAAUGUCUAUCAAAACUUUUAUCUUCUUUGACUUGGAGACCACUGGAUUGCCAACCAAGGAUCAUGUUCCCAAGGUGACGGAACUCACAUUCUUCUGUGUUUAUCGUAGAGAUAUAGAGCAAGCUGAUAUUAUUAAUUUACCACCAGUAAGUAAAUUAACAUGUCUUUUUAACCCUCAAACAACAUUGUCGCCCGAAGCUGCCAAUAUAACCGGUCUAUCUAAUGAGUUUUUAAUUAAUCAACCAAUUUUUAGUGAUAAAAUAAAAUGUAUUAUUGCGUUUUUAGACGCUCCGAAACCAGUGUGCUUGGUAGCUCACAAUGGUAACAGAUUUGAUUUUAAGAUAAUAAAAAAUGAAUUUGCAAAUGCGAACGCCGUUUUACCCAGAGGCCUAUAUUGUGUAGAUUCUAUCAAAGCUUUUAAGGAAAUACUUAAGGAUAAUGUUCUUAUUGAAUUGGAAACUUCGAAUACUUUCAACCAGACAUUUCAAAGCAGUGACUCCACUCUAGGUGAAGAUGCUUGGCCUGAUCUAAAUGUGACUCCGGAGGAUUGGAAAGAAAUUGACAGUAUAAUAGAUUCAUUUGCCAAAUUAAAAACUACACCAAAUAUUAAAAGUGAUGGAAAUAAACUUCUAAUUGGGAAUUAUAAGUUGACAAAUAUUUAUAAGACACUCUUGAAAAAGGAUCCAAAAGAAUCACACAGGGCAGAAGCGGACUGUAUGAUGCUUCUAGAAUGUGUAAUUAAAACAAAGAAAUAUUUUCUGCCAUGGGCAGAUAAGAAUUAUAAAUUAUUGAGCACAAUUAAACCUUUUCAAAGUAAAUAGAGUAUUUCAUUGAUCUAAUAAUGAUUAUGUAAUAUGUAAGGUCUUAGUGUUUUCAUUGUACCAGUGAAAUUAAAAAAAAAUGACUUUAAAAAAUGACUACCUAUACUUAUAAAUUUG